UUCUUUCUUCCCCAUCAAAUGACCUUUUACUGACGUUCAAACAGAAAGGGAACUGAGUGUUGCUCCUGGUUUUAUAUGUUGGGGACUUUGGAUUGGCAAGGUGGAAACCAGAUGGUGAUUUGGGAGUUGAAACUAGGAUAAUUAGAACAUUUGGGUACUUAGCACCUGAAUAUGUUCAAAGUGGCCAAAUAACUGGGAAAGCUGAUGCUUACUCCUUUGGUGUGGUAUUGAUAGAGCUGAGUCAGCUGACUACUAGACGGAAGGCUAUGGAUAUAACUAGGCCUAAGGGACAGCAGUGCCUCCUUGAAUGGGCACGCCCUUUGCUAGGAAGACAUGCCAUUCGAGAACUGAUUGACCCUGGGUUAAGGAAUAGCUACUUAGAGCAAGAGAUUUACAGCAUGCUGCAAUGUGCCUCUUUGUGCAUUCGGCACAACCCUCAUUCAAGGCCUCGCAUGUCUCAGGUGCUUCGCAUGUUGGAAGUAGAUAUUGUCAUAAAUUGAACCAAUGAUGCAAUGUAAAGCAGGUGAAGAGAACAUCAAACGGCCUCAGUCCAACCUUGAUUGGAGCAGAAGGAUUUAAUAGCAACCUUGUACCAUAAGACGUCCUCAUGGCAGAAGAUUAUUUGUGCACAAGGAACAACGUAGCAUUCUUCUAUUGGGCAUAGAUAAUUAAGCUGUAAGAGUUGAAAGUUGUAAAUUGCGUCAUUUUUCCUUCAACCUAUAAUUUUUGUUUGAUUUGUUCCCAGCUUGAAUCAGAUUCUUUA